AUGAUUUUCUCUCGCUUGUUCUAUCCGUUGGCCCUCGUUUUUUGCGCGGCGGCGAGUCCAACCCCCGAGCUCGUCAGUCGGGGAACGGUCGGAAACGACAAGAUCGACGGAUUUCCUCAAACCGUGCCCUCGGGCACAACUGGCAAAGUGUACCUCGCCUACCAACCCGCCCUUUACGUUGAGAAUGGCUGUGUUCCAUUCCCCGCAGUGGACUCGAAGGGUAAUACCAAUGGCGGCUUAAAGCCUACCGGGGCUUCCAAUGGUCAAUGCAGCAGCAGUAAGGGCCAGAUUUACGUUCGCAGUGCCCGCUCUGGGAAGCACUUUGCAGUGAUGUAUUCGUGGUACAUGCCCAAGGACGAGCCAUCCUCAGGCUUGGGACACCGUCAUGACUGGGAGGGGGUUAUUGUUUGGCUAUCUGAAUCUUCAGGCACCUCCGCCCGAAACAUCCUUGCUGUUUGUCCUUCCGCCCACGGUGGUUGGGACUGUUCCAAGGAUGGGUUCACUCUCAGCGGCACCACACCCUUGAUUAAGUACUCCAGCACCUGGCCCCUCGACCACCAAUGCGGCUUGACUAGCAAAGAAGGAGGCAAGCAGCCACUGAUUGCGUGGGAAUCGCUGCCGGCGGCCGCUCGCAAAGCGCUGGACUCUACGGACUUUGGGAAGGCAAACGUGCCUUUUAAUGAUGAACACUUUACCUCCAACCUUGCAGCAGCUACUUUCUAA